ACGACACAAACAACAGCUGGAGCUUUGGCAUUCAGGAUACCUCGCCACAGACUUAUCGACAAGUGAACAGAAUGGCCGCUGACUGGUUGGGUAGUGUUGUGUCUAUCAACUGCGGACUGGCGUUGGGAGUUUACCAGGGAGAGGUGUCAUCUGUUGAUCACGCCAGCCAGACCAUCUCACUGAGACAGCCCUAUCACAAUGGGAUCAGAUGUCAUCUUCCCGAGGUCACUUUCAGUGCCAUGGAUAUCAAGGAUUUGAAGUUCCUAAAUAUCCAGAAUACAGUCAACAAGCCCAGCUCUGGUCAGGGAGCUGCAACAGAACCCAGUGUGAUACUGUCAGGAAGCCAGGGUCAGAGUAACAGAGUCACUCAACCUCAUGUAACAAGCAGCAGCUCUCAGUCCAGCACUGCUCCCAUCACCAUCCUACGCAGAGCCCCUACAGCCCCAACUAACAGCAGAGGAGCCACACAGGCCACACUUAAGAAAAACAGCGUGAGGAAUGGAGGUGCCGGAGGGCUGAUGAGGACAAAGGAUGACGAGUGCUUUGGAGGCGGGACCGAUGAAAACAUGGAUGCAGACUUCGACUUUGAGGGAAACUUGGCUCUGUUCGACAAAGCCGCUGUCUUCUCCCAGAUUGAUGGGAUCGACAGCCACAGCAACAGGGCACAGCAUCAGAGCACACAGGGUGAACAGAAGUCCCUGUCUUAUCGACAUGAUGAGAAUAUUCUGGAAGUGAAGCCUGUCAUAUACCGACAGAUAACAGUGCCACAGCAUCGGGGCAAAGAGUACUGUACUGAUUCAGGCCUGGUGGUUCCCAGCGUGCCCUAUGAGCUUCAUAAGCGCCUACUAGCAGCCGCAGAGCGCUGGGGCCUGUCUCUCGAGCGCAGGCUGGAGACGGUCGGCGUUUGUUCCAGUCAGAUGGCUCUCACUCUGCUGGGUGGACCAAACAGACUCACCCCAAAAAAUGUCCACCAGAGGCCAACUGUGGUCAUUCUGUGCGGGCCCCACGUCCAGGGAGCCCAGGGCAUCAGCUGUGGUAGACACUUGGCCAACCAUGAAGUGGAGGUUAUCCUGUUCCUGCCCAAUUUUGUCAAGAUGCAGGAGUCGGUCACCAAUGAGGUCCAGCUCUACAGCAGGACCAGCAGCAAGCAAGUGGCCAGCAUCAAAGACCUGCCUGUGAGCCCAGUCGACCUCGUCAUCAACUGCCUGGAUUGCCACGAGAACCCACUGCUGAGGGAGCAGACCUGGUACCAAUCAGCCGCCGACUGGGCCAACCAGAACCGGGCUCCAGUCCUAAGUAUCGAUCCCGCGGUCAACGGUCAGCCUCCGACUGUGGAGGCGAAGUGGACUCUGUCUUUGGGCCUUCCACUACCUUUAACUGAGACGGAGAGCAGGGUCUACCUCUGUGACAUUGGCAUCCCUAAGCUGGUUUUCCAGGAAGUUGGAAUCCGCUACCACUCACCCUUUGGGUGUAAAUUUGUCAUUCCUCUGCACACAGCAUAACAGAGGCCUCACUGACAAUGCACUUAGUUACAAAUGGACAAUAGGAGGGAAUGUUUUGCUUUUCCACAGUGGGUAAAAGUGCCAUUGUGUAUGUGGCUAUAGCUAAAGACCAACUGUAUGAUGUAAAUAUUUUGUUACAAAGUGUAAACAACUUCAUGACACGUCUGAAAGUACACAGUGCGGGUCUUUCCUCUUACCCUGCUGGAAACUCCCGGGGGUUGCCACACGUUGCGUGCGACACCUCUUGUUUUUGGGAGGGAAAGGUUUCCUGUUCUUUGGUAUGUUUUGAUAAGGGCUCUGUGACGAUGUGAAUAUGUUUACAAAAUGCUGACCACUGUGAGUCUAUCUGUGACCUCUGAUCCUGUGACCAGUCAGAACAGCACAGACACAGUUCCUGUUUCCUCUUUUAGAUUGCAUGUGCAGUCUGGUCCUGACCCUGUGACCCUUAUACACAGUUCAGCCUAAAGCUGUCUGCCAACCCGAAUCUGCCACUCAUCUGUCCUACAGCUGAUGUCCAUGUCCAUUGUCUUUCAAUUUAUUUGAAUUUUGUACUCACUUAAAUGGGUGUGUUUUUUUCUAUUAAUGGCUGUAGCAUGUUCCACUGAAAAGGGGUGGUGUUACACAGAAUCUAUAUUUGUAUUAUUUGUAUUUAUUUUUGGAAUACAUCUCAGGAACAAUGAUUGAGAAAUGGAAAAACUUUAUAUUUGAAUUUACAUUACAUCUGAUAGCACUCUUUCUGCGCUGUUGGGUGUCUUGAGUUUAUAACCACUGACACUGAAAGUGAAAAGAUGUAGCAGCAGGCACUCCUGAGGAUUCAUAUUCUGUAUUUCUCAAGUUUUGCAGACCAGACAGGAUUUUGACACACACAUUCCAAGGACCAAAAAACAUCUUGGACCAGGUUAAUCUCCAGGGAUUAUAGCUAGUUAGGUGCAGCAAAACCCAAUUAUUAUUUUCCAUUUUUGACACAUCAGAUUCAGCCACCUUCAGUGAAAUAACCACUUCCUCUCUUUUGGUCAGCACAGUGAUCUGUUAAAACCUCAAUGUUACAAGUAAGAGGAAAACAGCCUUAUAUUUAGACUGGCAGCUAUGCACUUUUGAAAUUAUGCUGGUAGCUUUUUUUAAGAGCGAUCAAGCCCUCAUGUCAUGGUUUUCUUUUUCAAUUGCAAAAAAUAUAUAUAAUAUUUCAAGUUAAAACCUGUGAGCCAAAAAAUGUAAUCAUAAUUUAUAAAUGACAGAUUGAUAGGCUUUGCAGGGUUCUCACUUAACUGACCUCUACACUUUGAAUUUAAUGAAUCAUUUAAUGCACUUAAGCAAACUGCAGUCUCUGAACGUAAUGUGUGACAGAGGGGUGAAAAAUCUUUUUGAAGCAGUAGCCGUGGCUGUUCUGUCAAAAAUAAUAGAAAAGAAUCAAGAACAAAGAAUCAUGACAGCUCCUCGAGAAAUAUGAGAAUUGCACUUUUUGUAAUCUCCUUCAGAGAGAACUUUGCUUAAAACUGUCUAGAACCAGGUGUACAAAGAGAAGGGCAGAGAAGAUUAAGAGUAAUCUCUUGGUGCUACUACAAGGUUCUAAAUAAGAAAUGUCAUUGUAGCCUCUUUUCCUGUCCGUUCUCAGAACCACUUUUCUUUUUCUAGACUAGAUGAAACGCUGCAAUUAAUCAUGCUUAAAAACAUUCCCUGUAAAUUUGAUUGGGGAAGAGUCUCAUCUUGAUAUUAAUGUGAGGGGAAAAAAGGAAGACAUGAACAAUACAAAACAAGAUGAAUAUAGUACUGAUGGGUUUGUAUCUCACAUUUUUCUAGAGUGUAGUCAACUUUGUAAAGUCUUAAAUAUUUUUUACUUGAGAUUUUGACUUAAGUUAUUGCUAGCCACCUUGGUUAUUUCUAUAAAGCUGCUGAUGAGAGCACUAAGUAAGCAAGCCUGGUAAAUACAGCCUGUGGGGAAUGUGAUCUAAAAACAUGUUCAAAAUGUAGGCAAAACAUUUGAGACUGCAAAAAAAAAAAAAAAAGUCAUUGAUAAACAUCCAGCCUGGAUCUUAUGACAAGACACUGGUGCUGCCAGUGGGUGCUCCUUUGUAUGUAAAUGAGUAAAUAAAUAAACAGUGUAUAAACUGA